GCAGGAGGUUGGAACCAGAUGGUCAUUGUGGUCCUUUUCAACCCAGGCCAUUCUAUGAUUCUAAGAUCCAAAUGCGCUCUAUAAACAACCAAUUUGCAUGGCUGAAGCCCCACCAAUGCCAGUAAAACCUUCACCAAAGUGUGUAAUUAAUCCUACUGUGCAAACUCUUAUUUUUUUUAAGCAUAUAUCAAGUGUAGAAAAUCUAUUGGACGUGCAAUGAAACGAAUCUCUGAUUUCCGAGUCUCCAUCCCUAUCCCUGCCCCAAGCCCUUAAAACACAGGAACAAAUAGGAGGUUUUUGGUGGUAGUGGUUUUGAGGUCAUUUCUUUCCUCCUUUGUAGUGAUCCAUGUUAAGUGACCUCUUUUUGACCCAAAUUUCUGUGAGCUUCAGCUGAAGGUAACUUUAGUCAUAGGAAAUUUCUGAUCAAGGAAGGAAUGCUCGCUGAAGGUGUAAGCUGCUGAAGGCAGGAGAUGUGAGUGGAAAGUGGUGGUGUGGUCAGGGCUAAUAACCCAGUUGGCAUGAUAAUGUAACCGCUUCAUUGCGUGUGGCAAUUUCCACUUCACCCCAUACCUGCAUGAUGGCAGUGCCCUUUUCCUUCCACAGCAAAGCUGACAGCAAGGGGAAAAAGCAAAGAUUCCUUUCUGGGCGAUAUAAAUGGGUUUUUGGUAACUUUACCACCUUUUGGUCUUCCACACUCCAUGUCUUAGUAGAGGUGUUUAUGAAUAUAUGGGUAAGAACAGUCAGAAUGGGAACGUGUGUCAUGAAAUGGAUGUUACCUGACGUGAACUUAACCUGAAAUACAAACAGCUUCUGGGAGAUGAGUUGCUGGUUUCUGAACCGCCGGCAGAUCAGACCACAAAAAAUGGUUACAACAUCUUGAAAUGACAUAACAUGUUGGGCAAUGAAGGUUUCUGCCAGUCACAUAAACAGAGAUGGCAGAGCAAGGAGCGGGGUUAGCUCCUUCUGGCUUGACAGUGCCACCAGCCUCAUUGACCUUCAUGGUUGAAGACAAACCUGAGUGAUGAGUCCUGUUCUUCCAUCCUCUUCUUUCAGCUUGGCUGCAGAAGAGGUUUCUCCCAGGUUGUUCCUGCAUGGGGAACAUCAUUAGAUAUGUCCAUGGACUCCUUUGGCAACAAAAAUAGCUUCCGUUCCCAAAUCCUGUUAUCCAAAAGCUGUUAUCCUCUACAAGCAUGAUGGAGUGGUGUCAGGUAGAGAAACUCCAACAGUGCAGUGCCAACAGGGCCCCAAACCCAGCUCCUCCAUUUGGCACAGGAGGGCGGUCAGCCCAAGUCUGGGUGUGAGCUUCGGUAGCAGAGACAUUUGGGGGAGGAUUUCCCUGCAUGGCAUUGGGGCUGCAGGGCAUGGGGGUCACUGUGAUACCCUGAGAAGAACGCCUUGGCACUGGGCAAGACUUAACUAUGGGAUGACUUGGGUAAGAGCAAAGAUGGGGAAAGAAAAGGAUCAAAAUGGAUCGGUGAGGAAGAAACAUUGGGUGUCUGGAGGGACUGGGGGGCUGUCAGUGAUCCCUGCAGACAGCCAAGGUCAGGCUGGAUGGGCUCUGAGCACUGAUGGAGCUGUGGGUGUCCCUGUUCAGUGCAGGGAGUGGGACAGAUGGCCUUGAAGGGUUUCUUCCAACUCAAACCAUCGUGACAUGCAUACACGUUUGUGGUGAGAGAACAUUAAUAUUAGAAAGCAGGGAAGGAAGAGGGGGAAAAAAAGCUGUGUGAACAGGUUUUUCUUUUCCUCUUUUUCUACUCGUAUCACUUGUCUGCCUAAAUAUACCAUAUUGGUUGAUUUGGGAUUCUGAUGACACAUCUGCCCUCCCAUUUCUUCGGUAGACGGAAGGAAGUGGGCUAGAAAAUGAAAUAUCAGCUCCUAACCUUGGGUCAGGUUAGUGAUCUUUAUGCUGCAAUGGGAAGGCUGAUAGUGGUUGAACUUCACUAUAAAUAGGAGACCACAGCUGGCUUUGAGAGACACAGACUGAAGGCAGGUCUGAGAGAAAGGAAACCUGUGUGCUCCAUCAGUGCGUGCCCUCACCUAAAGCAGAAGAGGCUGAAAUGGCUUUUGCCAGCUAUACUGCAGUGGUCAGGUCUCUGCUUUUGGUGCUGGUUUUAGCACUGGCUGUGAGGAGCUUGCCCCGUGGGAAGGCAGUUCAUCCUCGGCCCAGGAAGGAUGGUGGCUCGGAGAGGCUUAGUGAAGAUUGCCUGAACCAAAAGGAUCCUGGCUUCCCUACGAUGGUGAAAGUCGACAUUCGCAUUGGCAGCUCUGAUCCUGCUGCCAGGAUGAUCCAUGACAUCAGGAACCGGUCUCUUGCUCCUUGGAAUUACAGGCUCGAUGAGGACCCCAACCGCUUCCCCCGGGUGAUAGCUGAUGCCGAGUGCCGCCUUUUGGGCUGCCUGAACCCCCUGGGGCAGGAGGACCGCAGCCUCAACUCCGUCCCCAUCACACAGGAGAUCCUUGUCCUCCGGAGGGAGCAGAGGGGCUGCCAGCCCACCUACCGCCUGGAGAAGAAGCUCAUCACUGUGGGCUGCACGUGUGCUGCUCCAGUCAUCCAGCACCAGUCCUAGGAGGAAUCAGCAGCAGAUGCAAUGCUGGGAGGAAGAACUGUCUCCUAUGAACACCUCUUAGGAGAAAUCCCUACCUUGCAUCCAGUGUGACUUAUAUGAAUCUGGGUAAAUUAACUCCAGAGAUACCGAUUCUUGCUGUAGUUCAUUUAUAGAUUUCAGCAUGGGAAUCACCAUUAUCUAUUGAUGGAGGGUGGGGGAAGGGGAAACAUUUGUAUUUCUAUUUAUAUCUUCUAUUUAUGAUUGUAUUUAUAUGAAUCAAAAUAUCCAAAAAAACGGUGAAUGUUCAUCUGUAUUUAUUCAGUAAUUUAUCAGCUUAAUAAAACUUGUAUUUUAUUUAAAA